AUGCGGGCCCUCGUCGUCGCGCUGCUCGCCGUGCCCGCCGCGCGCGCCGUCGUCUGCUCGAGCUACGACGGCGACCGCGUCGCCUGCUCGGGCUGCGUCUCCAGCGGCGAGUGCGUCUACGACGAGUCGAGCCAGCGCUGCGACACCGACGCCGACUCGAAGAACUGCGACGCGUCCAUGCCCGGCAUCACGAGCGUCGGCGACGAUUACGGCGGGAGCGUGACCCUCGCCCCGAGCGCGUCGUGCCCCGAGGGCUGGACGGCCUACGGCGCGAAGUGCUUCUACGUGCCGGACGCGCCGAAUUCCUGGCCAGAGUGCGUCGCGAACGAGUGCGCGCCGGGCUGGCUCGCCUGCGUCGACGACGAGGACAUGAAUGCCUUCAUCUACGAGACCUUCAUCAAGAACCGGGACCGGCGCCUCUGGAUCGGGCUCAACGACGUCGACGUCGAAGGCGAGUUCGCCUUCUCCGCGGGCAUGUGCGAGGGCACGUACUACCGGAACUGGGACGCGGGCGAGCCCAACGGCUGGGGGUCCACGGGCGAGGACUGCGUCAUGAUGACCCAGUACAACGCCGUCUGGAACGACGGCGACUGCCUCGCGACGACGAACUCGAAUACGGACGUGCACUGCCUCUGCGAGAAGUGGGGCCACACGCCCGUGCCGACGGCGGCCUGCGGCAUCUCGAGCAUCGCCGUGACGUCCCCCGGCGCCGGCGCGGAGAUCCGGGUCGGCGAGGACGUCGUCGUGACCUGGACGAGCGAGGACUGCGUCUCGGGCUUCGUGCACGUCGAGCUCUGCGCGCGGAUAAUGUCCCAAACUAUGACCACAUACAUCGAAAAAACCAAGACCCUAAAGACGAGCCUCAGCACCGUGAGCCUCGAGGGCGAGGCGAAGGUCGUCGUCGCGCGCGUGGAACAGUCGAAAACGUUCCUGGCCAAGUACCAGGCCUGCGGCGUCGCCGUCGCCCUCGCGCUGGCCGUCGCCGCGGCGUCGCACGCGAGAUUCGACCUCCCCGGCGGCGCGCCCGGCCCGGCGCCGGCGCCGGCGACGACCGGCGCCGGCGAGUCGCCCGAGGCGCUGCUCCGCGCGGGCUUCUCGGAGACCGCGGGCUUCUUCGCGCAGUCCUGGUGGCUGCCCGGCGCCGCCGUCGUCAUGCCGACGCCCCAAAAGGCGACGCCGCCGCCGCCCGCGCCGAAGCGCCGCCUCUGGCGCCGCCGCGGCGCCGCGGACUCCGUCGCGAUCGCCGCGUUGAAGCAGUCGGACGCGCUCCUCCGCAAGGCCCGGGGCCGCGGCGCGAAGAUGCCCGUGCACGGGGCCCAGUUCAUGGACGCGAUCGCGGCGCUCAUGCCGGCCUUCCAGGUCUUCGGCUCCGCGAUCCACGCGGCCGCGGCGAAGGACGUCCUAGGGAACGUCGAGAAGCUCCGCGCGAACGGCGCGCCCGGCAUCCCCGUCCACCGGGGCGUCCUCGACGACGUCGCGCGGCGGAACGAGGGCCACCCGGACAGCACGACCCAGGCCUUUGUGUGGCUCAAGCGCAUCCUCCGCUUCACGGCCGCGUUCUUCGACAAUCUCGUGAAACGGCCGGACCUCGAGCUCAACGCGUGCCUCGUCAAGGCCUACGAGGUCCACCUCGGCCCGCACCACAACGUCAUCAUGCGCCAGAUCGCCGUCGUCCUCAUGCAGAUCAUCCCGGACCGCGCGUCCAUGCUCGCGUGCUUCGACGUCGACGACAUGGCCGCGCUCGAGCCCGUCCUCAACCGGUGGAUCGACGGCGCGCUGCCGCUCAUCGCCAAGAUCGACCAAUUUUACGAGAUGAACGGGCUGAAGCGCUAAACUUUGGAGGU